CUUAGCAAAUAUAAGUAAAUCACUAUAUUUUCCGGCGAAAAUGGCCACCGUUAACGAGAUCCGCCAGGCACAACGAACUGUGGGGCCCGCCACCGUGUUGGCCAUUGGAACGGCCAACCCUCUCAAUUGUUUCGAUCAAAGCACCUAUCCUGAUUAUUAUUUUCGUGUCACUAAUAGUGAUGAUAAAAUUGAGUUAAAGCAAAAGUUUAAGCGCAUGUGUGACGGAUCAAUGAUUAAAAAGAGAUAUUCAUACUUAACAGAGGAAAUCUUGAAAAAAAAUCCUAAUUUUUGUGAGUACAAAGCACCUUCAUUUGAUGCUAGGCAAGAAAUUGCGAUUGUUGAAGUUCCAAAACUUGGGAAGGAAGCCGCUGAAAAGGCGAUCAAUGAGUGGGGUCAGUCCAAGUCCAUGAUUACACAUUUGGUCUUUUGCACCACUACUGGUGUGGAUAUUCCUGGGGCGGAUUACCAACUCACUCAGCUUCUUGGACUUGACCUAACAGUCAAGCGAUUCAUGAUGUACCAACAAGGUUGUUCUGGUGGUGCCACUACUCUACGAUUAGCUAAAGACUUAGCUGAGAACAACAAGGGUGCUCGAGUCCUUGUUGUUUGCUCAGAAUUAAUCAAUUUUUUGGACUUUCAUGCCCCAAGUGAAACUGAGACUGAAGUUUUGGUUGGGCAAGCCCUGUUUAGUGAUGGGGCAUCAGCUGUCAUUAUUGGUUCAGAUCCAAUACCGACGGUGGAAAGACCUUUGUUUGAGCUUGUAUUUACAACUCAAACUCUUCUCCCAGACAGUGAAUAUGAAAUUACUGCUAAACUCGGUGAAGCUGGAUUGAUCGCUAAAAUACAUAAAAAUACUCCAAUGUUGAUCUCGAAAAACAUUGAGAGAAUUUUAGGGGAAGCAUUCCAGCCUCUUGGAAUUUCUAACUGGAACUCCAUUUUUUGGGUGGCUCAUCCAGGUGGCCGUGCAAUUUUAGAUCAAAUUGAGUUAAACUUGAGCCUAACACCUGAAAAACUCAAGGCUUCAAGGAAUGUGCUGAGCAAUUAUGGGAACAUGGCCAGUGCCUCUGUUCUGUUUGUUUUGGAUGAGAUGAGGAAAAUCUCUAUCGAGAUGGGAUUGGGUACCACCGGUGGAGGUCUUGAUUGGGGUGUGCUUUGUGGUUUUGGGCCUGGAUUAACUAUUGAGGCAGUUGUCCUCCGAAGUAUACCUAUCUCAACAUGAAAUUCAAAGCGAAGAUGUCUGAGUAAGAUAGAGGGAUUCUAU